AUCAACGCAGCACAGACAGCUCGCGCAGGGCCGUGCACGCGCUGGACAUUGAUAAGAAAACUGCAAGACUAAUUUUAUAACCUAUACGUAUGCCGCUUUUAUUACGGACAAUACGAAGAGCUGGACGAAGAUACUCUUUUGUAUUCCAUAUGAAAAUUCUUGGAUUGAAAAUACUUUUUUAUAUUUAGGUGUUUUUAUAGUUUUUUAAACGGUUAUCAGUGAAGAUUCUCUAUUUCACAAAAGUUCCGCGCAUGCGUCAACUUUAUGUAAAAGUUUUUUUUUACUUUAGGACUACCUUGACGUUUCUUAAACUAAAUUAUUUGUUUUCAAGUGACCAGAUUUUAUCAGUAGUAUUUUGGAUAUUAAAAGAGUCGUCUUUUUUGGACAGGACCAUGUAAAUUGGCGAUUUAAUUAAAUUCAUCUCAAGCUGUGGGAUUUUGGGGCUGUGCUGGGAAACCUCUUCGCGUUAAUCCGCAAACUGCCCUUCAAAGGACUUCAAAUGGGCCUCAGAAAGGAGACUCAAACUGAAUGUUUGCACACUGAGAGGAAUGUCAAGCCUGUGCAGCCUCUGAGGGGCUCAAAACUGCGCUUUCAUUAACCUGAUAUUUGUUCGCGAGCCGCUGUCCCGCGCGCCCGGUGCUGAGCGUCUGGUGCGUGCGCGUCUCUCUCGAUGCGCGCUGUCCCGCGGAGCCCCGCAGCGGCACGGCAGCAAGAUGAGAUCGCGGAUCCCGCUUCUUCUCGCGGUGCUUGCGGCGGCGGCGUGUGUGCGGUUCGGCAGCGCGGAGGGCGAUCCUCUCCCGGCCGCUGUGGUUGAGCUGGUGAAGAGCGGAUCGGUGUCCUCUAUGCAGGAUUUGCAGUUUUUGUUGUCUAUAGAUGCCGAGCCAGAUGAUCAGCAUGACAAUGACAGCAGUAAUCGUCUUCCUCGGAGCCUUCUCGAUGCUCAGCCCGCUCAGCAAGCCGUCUGUAAGGUCAGGACAGAGGUUAUCGAGGUCACACGCUCCAUGUUGGACCGUAGUAAUGCAAAUUUCUUGUUGUGGCCUCCGUGUGUGGAAGUCCAGAGGUGUUCAGGCUGUUGUAAUACCAAGAGUCUGCAGUGUGUACCUGUUCUCUCACAUACACGAUACCUACAGGUGAUGAAGAUACAGUACGUAAAUAAGCGGCCGCUCUAUGAGAAGGCCGUCGUCUCUGUCCUCGAUCACGUCGAGUGCCGCUGUCAGCCGGCCCCUCGCCCUGCCCAGCGCAGGAAGUCGUCCACCAGCAAACAGGAAGGGCGGGAGCGCUCGGGAAAAUCUCGCUCUAAAGGUGAGCUCCACCAAAAGGAUGAAUUCAAACACAACCAGAGGCUCAGCUUGGAGGACCUGUUCACCCAGAGCUGGUUACCCAAAGAGAGGCUCCAUGAAUCGGGAGCACUAGACGCUGUUUUACCCUCUGGGGAUUUCAAGCUUCAUUUAGGUCGUGACGGCUGGGGUCUGAACGAGACGCAGUAUGGCGGGGGCAGAGGUCAUCACCAUUACCCUGUUGAUCGGAGGAGACAUCAUGGCAGCAUGAAUGACACGGGGGUGGGGUCAACAAAGGGAACCACAGUUCCAUUACCGAAUCACACAGAGCAAACAGAAAUUGAGAAGGUGGAUUCAUCGCUGAACAAUGUUACGAAGGCUGUCGAUCGAUCGAAUGCACUAUUUGAAUCACAGAGCAACGCUAACCGGAGUAUCAUCAAUCAGACAGCUGAAUAUAAGAUCACAGCGACUGAAUUAACAAAUAAAACUUUGACGCAUCAGUCAAACCUAACACACGAAAGUCAUAAAGAAAUCGAUCAGUUACAAAGACACAAAGCCAACUUUGCAGUAGGGGCCGAUCAGGAUAAACAAAAGGCCCCAUCCACAGAGCCGACCAAUCGGACGGAUCAACACAUGUCUGAUUCCGCAGAGGAAACCAAUCAAAAUCAAGGAGAUUGGUUUCUGUCUAUUAAGGAACACAAUAAGACUAUAGAUGUUGACAAGCGGAUAAACUUCAGCCCCGAACAAAAGAAAAAGGACGACGAGAUGGAAGACCUCAUACUACUGCAGAAACAUCUAGAGGAGGACAAACACAAACAUCACCUUAAAGUUCAACAAACCAACAGGGAAGAGGAUGGGAAACUACAACUGCUUCAUCACAAACAACACACAACCACACAACAAACAGGAACUAUAUCUCCUCCACUGCAGCGUUCUCCUCCACGCACACCUCCCAAACCACCCCCACCGCCACCGAAACGCAGAAAAAAACAGCGAAACCGCAUUAGCAAAUCAGCCAUGAGAGCCCUGCUCAUGUAGCACCAACAGAACAGAAAGAUGUGGAGAUGCCUGCAGUCUCUCCCAUACGGGAUCUUAUUUAUGUAACCACUGUGUUCUCGGACUUUAAGAAUUACUGCACUAACCACCUGUCAUACGGCCUCAAAACUCCCACGUGAUGUUCAUAUUUUUCACACUGAUUCAUGAGGAAAGGACAAAUGUGUCGCAGAAUGUGCUGUAGAUGCACCGAGGAUUGACUUUUCCUUAACGUUCCCUUGGAUCCUCUUGCAUGGAUAUUCGAGCUGAGAUAUGGGACCACAGUGGGACAUGAGACAAACAUUGGAGGUAUGGAACUGUACACAGCAAGGGAAACUGCAAAGAGGUUGGCCUGAAAAAAUACAUUUCCCAUGAUCAUAAGAGACAGUUUAGUGCUACAUUUUAUUAUGUUAAAUAAUCCAAGAAAAAUGCGGUUGUUUUUUUCAUUUUUGUUGUGGGAUGCUAGGCAUUUGAGGCUUCAAAAGAGAGAAGCGUAAAUGUUUUGAGAUUCUGGAGAAACUGAAUCCAUAUUUGGUAUUAUCAUCAGAUACAAAUAUAGGAAACCAAAAAAUGAUUUGAUUGAAAUGAUGUACUUUUGCGUACACAGAAAGAAAAAAGGAAGGUUAAACAAAAUCCUAUUUUAAUGCAUUCCUAGUUAAAUGCACAAACUACCUUUGCUAUAAAUAUUAUUUUUUUUUAUUAUUUAAGCGAUUCUUAACACUGGAAAUUCACACAGGAUGAAGACAUGGAAACAAAUUCUUCAUACCUCUAAGAGUGUAAAGGUGCUACAUUAUAACACAAAGCAGUAAGAGUUUUAUCAUUAAUAUUAUUUAUUCUAAAUCGCAGAAGAAACCGUGUCUUAUGAAACACUCACCAAAAGACCAAAAUGUUCAGAAUGUGGAUUUUUGAAGUAUGGUUCUGCACAGGUCAGUGUCUGUAUGUCUGUGUUGAAUCUGUACUAAACUUUGCAGAUGGUGCAGAAUUUGCACCCAUUUUUAUACAUAGAAUAAAACUGAAACACUAACCAUCAAGGUGUAAGUGAUGGUCUUCUUUAACUUAUAACGGUUUGCAAAUAAUGCUCAGGUAAAUAUCUUUGGUGUGAAAACCAUUUCAUCUACAGUAUGAGAGAUACUAGCAAAUAACUAUAGUCAUAUAUAUCAUCAUUGUGUGUCUGUUCAUGUCUGUUUGUUGUUUGAAAAAGUUCAUUUUACACAUGAGAGAGAGAAUUGGCUUAAAGGGCACCUAUUAUGCAAAAUUCAAUUUGUACUUGAGGUUGGGACAUAAAUGUGUAUUGGCAACCAACCACCCUACAAUAAAAAACCUAACCCAUUCCUUAUUUAUAAACCCUAUAAAACCAAAGCAGUCUCA